AUGGAUACAAAAAAAUAUUUCGACUGUUCGCAGAACUCGAAGUUUAUUCUUGACUUCGACAAACUCAGCCCAACAAUUCACCAACUGAACAAACAAUCGUUUCUCGAGUUGCCGUACCCAACAAAGAAGGAAAUUCAGGCUUUUACACCUCUCACACACAACCAAAUCACACACAUUGCACACGUACUCGUCACGCAUCAAAACAUCCGACAGUGCUUCUCGUUUUUUGUCCCACAAGAAAUCCCUGAGAACAUCUUUUGGUGUAAGUACUUUCGGUUACUCUUUACGGUCCAGGACAGAGAAUCGGAUUAUAAGAAGUACAUUAAACACCGUGACAAUAAGAGGAGUGAUUCCCUCACACACGUCCUUCAAAUCUGGAAAGUUUCCUUCUCGAAAAUGAAACUUGAAAUUCCAAGCUCAUUGAAUCCCAAACAAGGUCUGUUGCUACUUACUGGAUCAAAGGAAGUCUUAGACACAACACCAAAAUUGAUCAACCAACUCAUUAAAGUCGUUUUCCCUUUUGCAUCGACGAAAUCGAAUAUGUUCAAACGGACGGUGUUCAUCUUAACAUCCCCUGUGAUCGUCAGAAUUAAUAUUCAAAGCGGACAACAUGACAUUCCAGACAUCGACUUACCAAUUCACCAAUUGGAAGACAAGUUGGAGCCUCAAAUGCCAACAGAAGUCCAAAGCGAACGACCUGUUGAACGUCCCCGGUCUUCUAUAGGGGACUGUUCCCGACAAAACACUGCAAGAGUCUCAUUGGAUUCGACUCCGAUGGGGAUAUUAAGUGGAGGAAGUCUAGGGGGGCAUAUCAUCGAUUCGAUCAGUGAACGGCCACGCAUGAGCUUUAACGAGUUACAGCGGAACUCCAUCACCAAUUCUGAGAGUGAUAUUCCCGCCCAUCGAUUUCUCAUUGCGACGUUUAACACGCUCUUCAAUCGUAUGAAAAACCACAAGUUACAGUUUGUCGGGCCGUUAUUAGGGUUCUUGGUGAAACAUUAUCAAGGGAUAGAAGCGUACGUCAUAUGCCACACUUUCAUCUGCUCAUGUUUGUAUAGAGGGAUAUACCCAUUCACCGUCGUUCAGUUUGAUUAUUUCUUCCUCAUGUUGGACGAUAUUGUGUGUGAGAGGAUGCCCAACUACGCUGAGUCAUUAACAGUGUCUUUGACUACAAUCUACGAAAAUUUGUUUGUCAAUCUGUUGGUGCCUUUACUUGAUGACGUCGACAAAUUUAUUUCCCUCACGAUUUUACAGCAUUUGUUCUUGUACGGAUACCCGUUUGCAGUCAAAUUGGUGGUGACGAUGAUGGAAGAGUCGCACGCCCCACCGAAGAGGAUGGAGGAGGUCGUCCCGAUCUUUAAAAAAGUGUUGGAAUAUGACGCCCCGGGGAUUUUAGCGCUUGCGACCCAAAUGAAAUUACCUGAUUUUGCGAAUUAUCACUUCUUGUUCUCAAUUAAAGAGUCGGUCCACUCGACCGUCACUCCGUUUACAGAAACUGAUCGACUUGAACGUAAGAUGACGCUGGAGAAGAUGUGUAGCUUCACGUUACCAACUGAUUUGAUGUGCGAAGACUUGUUAUUGGAAUUCACUUCAAUGCUUCCAAACCGAUUUGCAGUGAUGGACUUCAUGUGCCUCUUUUCGACCAAAACGGACGGGUUUUCGUUGCGCAAUUUGUACUCGUUAUGUGCGGCUCGAAAUCCUUUAGUCAUUUUUAUACAAGCAGAAAACGGUGAUUUGUUCGGCGGAUAUCUCCCCGACCCAAUAAAGAUUCAUCGCAAUUUCUAUGGGACCGGCGAGGCAUUUCUCUUCACGUUGGUCCCUAAAGUGAAGAAGUACAAGGCAACAAUGUCCAACACGUUUUAUGUGAUGACAGACUUGAACAAACUCAUUAUGGGCGGCGGACGGGGAUUUCCCGGCCUUUCAAUAUCAAAGGACAUGGAAGGUCAGACGUACGAAUGCCCGACUUUUAAUAAUGAGCCUCUUACUAUUAAUCAACAGUUUAAGAUCCAACGCCUUGAGGUAUGGACCGCCGCUUCUGUUGCUUUGAUUUCGACAAUUUCAGAGUCCGUCUCGGAAGCAUCUUCUUCUCGUCAGUCUAUGGAAGGUCUUUGA